AUGGAGAGUCCACGACAGUCUGAUGCAAGCACUCCGGUGGAGCCUUGCUCCCCAGGAUGUAUCGAUACACCGGCAACGCAAUCAUCCGUUUUGUUUGAUGGCAAUUUGGAAGAGUUACUGCGCAACUUUCCCCUUGAUCAGUAUAUCCUCGUCACGGGGGGUCUCGGUUUCAUUGGAAGUCACACAACAUUGGAGCUACUCAAGGCGAACUAUAACGUAAUCGUCAUCGAUAACCUGAGCAACGCUUUCCAGAACGUCUUCGACCGCAUCAAGCUUCUGGCUUCGAGGUACCAUGAGCAACAAGGAACCAAGAUGCCCGAGUUGCAUCUGCAUGCCCACGAUUAUCGCGACAGCGUUGCUCUUCGGAAGCUUCUUGAGCAAUACCAGAUUCAGUCCAGAUGGGGCACGCCAAAAACCAAGAUCUCCGGUGUCAUCCACUUUGCUGCUUACAAGGCAGUUGAGGAGAGUAUCAGAAAUCCUUUGAAGUACUACGCAAACAAUGUCAGCGGUCUCGUUGACUUUGCCACGACGUUGGGUGAAUUUGGUAUCAAAACCUUCGUCUUCUCAUCGUCUGCCACCGUAUACGGAACUUUGGCGACUUCAGGCCUUCCCCUCAAGGAGGAGCUUUGUGUCCAUAAGGACGAGGUCUUCCGGGGCCGUGACGGAUCGGAGAAACUCAUGCAGCCUGGGUGUACAGGCAUCACAAAUCCUUAUGGACGCACAAAGUGGAUUUGCGAAGCUAUCCUUGCAGACCUUGCGGCCUCCGACCCAGAGUGGACAAUCGUAGCCCUACGGUACUUCAACCCGGUAGGAUGUGACGAAUCUGGUCUUCUCGGCGAGGACCCUAGGCAGACACCAACCAACCUUCUUCCUGUCGUCGUCAAAGUCAUGACUGGGCAGUACAAGGAGCUGCAGAUGUUCGGAACCGAUUGGGACACAGAAGAUGGCACAGCUGUCCGUGACUUCAUCCAUGUCACCGAUCUGGCUCGGGGGCAUAUCGCAGCCCUCAGUGCUGCCCACGAGGGGAAGCUGAAGGAGAAUUUCCGCACCUUCAACCUGGGAACUGGUACAGGUCAUUCCGUGAUGGAGGUGGUGAACACUAUGGAGAGUGUGUCUUCUAAGGAGAUCCCAAGAAAGGCUGCUGGCCGCCGUGCGGGCGACGUCGGUUCCUGCGUUGCUGUGGCCACCCGGUCACAAGAAGAGUUGCAGUGGAAGACGGAAAAGACACUGAAGGACGCCUGUUCCAGCCUGUGCAAUUUUCUGAAUGUCAGCGGACUCUCCUCAUAG